AUGGGUCGUACAGUCGAUCAGGAGGUGCAUGCAGCGUUCGUCGAGUUUCGCGCUAAGGAAGACGACAAGUGUCUCUCUGUACAAUGUAUCUAUUGCCAACAGAUCCGCGCCAAAAAUACUUCCCGUCAAAAACAACAUUUGCUUGAGUGUCCCGGUCUUCGAGGCCACCCUUCUGCCCCUCAGCCUCAAGCAACUACAACUGGCCCCAACGGCAUCGGCGGCGCCAAUGGUUAUUCAUCCACUCCAAAUGGCCCUUCCGGCGGUGCCGGCGGUGCCGGACCUGGUCCUUCUAGCGCUCAGCUCGGCACUCCCAAUGGAGGCAUGAUGUCGAAUGGAGUCAAUCCUCAUGCUACACCGAUCCAGACACCACUACAGAAUUUGACGAAUCGUCCUUCAUUGCCCGCGCCUGGGGCUUCGCAAGGCGGUGGUCCUUCUUCUACUCCUCUAUCGCAUCAGCAACGAAGCCAUUCCACUCCCAAGCCUAAGCAGAACCGUCAGAGUACCUCGGCUCUCCCUGCACCACCUCUUGACGAUGUUCACGCCGCUUUUGUGGAGUUCCGCGCAAAAGAAGAAGACAAAUGCUUGUCUGUGCAAUGCAUCUAUUGCCAACAAGUGCGCGCGAAGAACACAAGCCGUCAACGCCAACAUUUACUCGAGUGUCCAACAUACUUGAAUGUUAUGAAAGAUUCCAUCCCUGCAAACAACCUGCUUCACACUUUCCCUGAAGGCGAUAUUGCGCGUUCGUUGCAGAUUCCCGUCCCUAGUAUUGAGCUCGAUUUCCGCAUGAGCAUUAAAUUGAACCCCAAAGUCAGUAUUGGCAGUAGCCUAUGGGGGGGACGCGAUUGGGUUUCUUUCCUCGGUGGUCAAUGGGCUGGUCGAUGGGGUAAGGGUAUUAUCUUGCCCGGUGGUCAAGAUUCCCAAGUCACAGUCAAAGAAAUGGCAACAUCAUUAAGCGCCAACUAUGUUCUCCAGUCAUCCGACGAACCACCAGCAUACAUCAUCGUCAAGGCCCAGGGCUGGUUAACCGGUGCCAAGGAUGUUCUCGAGAAACUUCAAGACCCCAACCAUGCAGACACCAUCAACCCUACCUCUUACAAGUACCGCCUUAAUCUGUCCAUGGAAAGCGGCGAUGAGCGCUACGCGUUUGUCAACACCGUGAUGUGGGUUGGCUCCGGUUGCCGUCGCGGCCAUGAAGUCAUUCUUGAUGCUUUCCGUCUCAAUUAA